UUUCCUUUCCUUUCCUUUUUUUUAUUUAUUUUUAUAUCAACUUAAUCUAUGCUUUUUUAAUGACCACUACUAUUCAAUUAAAUAACUCAAGUACUCAUCAACCGACUACUGCAGCCGUGCAAGUGGCACUUCGAGUAAGACCAUUAACAGAACAAGAUCGAAAACAUUCAAAACUAUCUAAUUCAACCGAAUCCAGUAAUAUAAUAAAAACACAUGAAAACUCAAUAGCUAUUGUUCCAUAUCAAAAAUCAUUUCAAUUGGAUUAUGUUUUCGAUGAAAACAGUACACAAGAACAAGUUUUUCAAGCAGUUGCUUCGAAUCUUAUUGAUAAAUUUAUAGAUGGUAUUAAUGUCACUAUUUUAGCUUAUGGUCAAACUUCGUCCGGAAAAACUUAUACAAUGGGUACUGCUAUAGAUGAUCAAAUGGGCAAAAAUACAAAACAAGAAGGUAUUAUUCCUCGUGCAAUGACUGCCUUAUUUCAAAGAUUGGAUACAAAAGAACAUCAUGUAUCAAUAAAUGAUAGGCAUACUCCCUCUCCAUUAUCUAGUACACCUUUUAAUUCUAGCUUAAAGAUCCCUAGAAGAUCAGUAUCUGUCGCAAAAAUGAGACCAAAGUCAACCAUCAUCAACAUGGAUCGACGUGGAUCAAGUACUAGUUUACCUUUAACAGGCAAUCAUAUUCAUCGUAAUAAAAAUCGAUUUGCAAUCUUUGUUUCAUUUAUCGAAAUUUAUAAUGAAGAAUUAGUAGAUCUUUUGAAUCCUGCUCCACCUAAUGAAAGAACACCUGUUAUGAUUCGGGAAGACACAAAAGGUCAUAUCAUCUGGUCUGGCAUAAAGGAGGUUCCUGUCGACAGCACUGAGGAUGUCCUUAGAUAUCUUCGAAUGGGCACUGAAAAUCGAGCAACUGGAUCUACAGACAUGAAUGCUAAAUCUUCACGAUCUCAUGCUAUCUUUUCUGUCACCCUUAAACAAGAAAAAUGGUCCAAUGAAGUUCAUCAUGAUGGUGAAUGGAUAGUGACGCAUUCCAAAUUCCACUUUGUUGAUCUUGCAGGAUCUGAACGUUUAAAGAGAACAGCAGCUGAGGGAGAUCGUCGUAAGGAAGGUAUCAAUAUUAAUGCAGGUUUAUUAGCCCUCGGAAAUGUGAUCUCUGCUCUCUCUGACCCUUCUAAUAAGAAAUCAAUCCAUGUUCCUUAUCGUGAUUCAAAAUUGACUCGUCUCUUACAAGAUUCUUUAGGAGGAAACUCUACGACAUUAAUGAUUGCAUGUGUGAGCCCCGCAGAAAUUAACUUGACAGAGACAGUCAAUACAAUCAAAUAUGCCUGUCGUGCUCGCACCAUUCGAAAUAAAGUCGAAAAAAACGAAUCAUGGAUGAUGAACGAUAACGUAGAUCAUCUUCGUCAUAUCAUCUUGAAACUAAAAGCUGAGAUUAAAUCAUUAAGAGCUUCUUCUUCUUCUUCUUCCGCUAUUGCUCAUUACCCAUCUCCAUUAGCAUCAUCUUCUUCAUCAUCUAGAGGUGGUAGUACUGGUGGAUCUUCAAAAUCACUUAUAGAGGAGCUACAAAACGAAGUCAUCGUUACUCGUGAACGAAAUCAAUUAGUGGAACAUGAAUUACGUCAAAAGCCAAUUAAUACUGAUAAUGAUCAUGAUGAUUUUGAACAUUUAGUGGAGCCCGUCAUUCAAGAAUAUGAAAAAUCCAUUUCUGUCUUGGAAUCUCAGUUAGACAUGACAAAGGUAGCCCUUCAUCGAUCUGAGCAGAUGAUGACUGAACAAAAAGCUAAAUUAGUAGAAUAUGAGACGAUGCAUACGAAUGAGAUAAAAUCUCUUGAGGAUCUCAAAAAUCAGCUAACGGAGGUC